AUGGGACGCAAGAAAAUUAAUAUAUCCAAAAUCACUGACGAACGAAAUCGUCAUGUGACGUUUAACAAACGCAAAUUUGGUGUUAUGAAGAAAGCUUACGAGUUAAGCGUAUUAUGUGAUUGUGAAGUAGCAAUUAUUAUUUUCAACAAGAACAACAAGUUGUACCAGUAUGCUAGUACAGACAUGGACCAAGUAUUACUUAAAUAUACUGAAUAUAGCGAACCACAUGAAUCACUGACAAACACUGAUAUUAUUUCUCAAUUAAACAGGAGAGGAGGAGGAGGAGGAGAAGGUCCUAGAAGUUCUAAAUCUGUAGAUUCACCUGUUGUUGAUGAGAAGAAUGCAACAAAUCAACCUAAACAAUUUAAAGUAAUGUCCACUCCUAGAAUUAAACUCAAACACAACGAUAUUUCUGAUGAAGAAUUCAGAAUACUUAUGACACAUGGAGGGAGGAUAAUGGAUGAUGAUGAUGACGACGAUGACGACGAUGAUGAUGAUAGUAAUGGCCUUGAAUGUGAGUAUAUUCCUGACAUGCCAGACAUUCCUGGCAUUCCUCCUCACAAACUUCCAGAAGCUUUAAGAAAAUUACGAGAGAGUAACUCUAAUGAAAAUACCAAACGAGUGACUUCCAGCGACUCGAGUGAUGACGAGUUGAAAAUAGACAGUGGUGCUGAUGAUGAUUUUGAAGAAAUAGAUGACAGUUUACAUAAUAAUAUCGAAAGCUAUAUUUCUCCAACUACCUCACGACAACAAACUCUGCCUAUUAACCCAACAACUGUUAAUGAAAUUAAAGAAGAAAAAAAUGAUGAUGACGUUGAUGAAGAAUUAAUGGAAGAUGACAUCAAAAUUCCUGAGGAAGUGGAGAGCUCUAAAAGUCUAGAAGCUACAAAACCACAAUUAACGCAAAAUGUUCUGAAACCAGAAUUUCUGACAACUAUUCACUCAAGUUUAGGUUUAUUUAAAAAUAAAUCACCUAAAAAUCAACCUGUGAAUAAUGUACGGUACCGCCCUUAUAAUAUUCUACAAACCUCAAAGAAAAUGGUAAAAAUACCACCACAAAAAUCUAUGGAAAUUCAAAGUAACAGAACACACAAUGGACAGUCUCCAAUACAGCAACAAAGAGUUAUUGAAGAAUUCAAAGAACGUAUACAGGUUAAAAAAGAUUUGAUGACUCCUGAAAUUAAAAUCAAUACCGCACAAUUGUCGCAAACUAGUAAUACAAAUGAUUCUUAG